UUGGAGACCCUGACUCGCUUCCCAGACUCCAUGCUGGGGGCCAUGUUUAGGGCGGGCACCCCCAUCCCCCCCAACCUCAACCCCCAGGGAGGUGGCCACUACUUCAUCGACAGAGAUGGCAAGGCCUUCCGGCACAUCCUCAAUUUCCUGCGGCUGGGCCGCCUGGACCUGCCCCGUGGCUACGGGGAGACGGCCCUGCUCAGGGCAGAGGCGGACUUCUACCAGAUCCAGCCCCUCCUGGAUGCCCUGCGGGAACUGGAGGCCUCUCGGGGGACCCCCGUGCCCACAGCUGCCCUGCUCCAUGCAGAUGUAGACGCCAGCCCCCGCCUGGUGCACUUCUCCGCUCGCCGGGGCCCACACCACUAUGAGCUGAGCUCUGUGCAGGUGGAUACGUUCCGAGCCAACAUCUUCUGCACCGACCCCGAGUGCCUGGGCGCCAUGCGGGCCCGAUUUGGUGUGGCCAGUGAGGACAGGGCAGAGGGAGGCCCUCACUUUCGUCUGGAGUGGGCCCCCUGUCCCGCAGAGCUCCCUGAGGUGGAGUAUAGGAGACUGGGGCUACAGCCUCUGUGGACUGGGGGGCCGGGGAAGCUGCGGGAGGUGGUGGGCACGCCAGGCUUCCUGGAGGAGGUGCUGCGGGUGGCUCUGGAGCACGGCUUCCGUCUAGACUCCGUCUUCCCUGACCCCGAGGACCUGCUCAACUCCCGAUCUCUGCGCUUUGUGAGGCACUGAAAACGCGGCCCUCCCGUCUGCCCGGGAUGGGGAGAGAACGGACAGCAAAGAGAAUGAGAGACUCCCCCACCACCACCACCACCACCUCCGAAGCCUCUUCUUAGCUCUGCCUCUGGAGCUGUGAGGGUCAGGGCUGCACCUUGACUGGAGCCCAGAUGUGGGCAGGAGCUCCCGAACCUGAGCCGUGCAAAGGGUCUGGCUUGGUGCUAAUCCUGGGAGGGGCGGGGAAGAUCCCCUGGCUUGCUCUUGCCCGAGGCUGGGGGCCUGCAGUGUCUCCCCGUUGGAGCUCAGUAUUCAAGGGUCUAGAGAAAUAGGGACACCUCUCUGCCCAGGCUAGGCCUCGCAGAACCCUGGGGGGGACACCGAAGUGUGGGAGAAAGGAGGACUUUGAACUGCUCUGAUGUGGUCUCCUGGACCGUGGCUUCUCCUGCGGCUGGAUGGCCUGGCCAGGCCUGACCGAAGACAGACCAGAACAUUCUGGAAUAUGGGAAGGGGGUCCUUUGCUCUGUCUCGAGUCACCUCCUGAGGGAGACAGAAAGGCCACACCCCACCCCACGGUGGCCUAAGGGAGCGGGGAGAAUCCCCAUUUACUAUGGGGCUGGAGCCCCACACUCGAGAAAGCCAAGUUUUUAAAGGACCCUCCAUUGAUGGUGGAGCUGGCCUUUGGGAAGAGGGUGGCAUCUUCUUGGGCCUUGGCCUUACUGCCUUCAUGUGUGCACGCGUGUCAGUCAGAGUGUGUCUGAGCGACGUCUGGGCCUCUCACAUCCAGGCUCCCGUCCGUGUGACAGUCUCUCCGUGGUCUCUGCCUGUGCAGGCCUGUUUGGGGUUGCCCAGCAACUGCUUUGGCGCUGGGUAUGUCUGCCGUAUGGGUGUGAGUAGAUUGAGAAUUAGUAGUUGAAUCACGAGGGGAUGUGUGUGUGUGUGCGUGCACACAUGUGUGUUCGCCUCCCCGCAUAGGCACGAGGGGCCUGUGGAGGCCUGGGUCGCCAGGGGCUUCCUGGUGAAAGGUAAGAGAAGUCAUUGGGCCCCGCCGGCCCUUGGAGGCCUGUGUAGAACUCUUGGUUGCUAAGGCGACCGUGGGCCUGUUGCUAGGAGAGAGCUGGGAAGGCCCAAGGCGGCCCAGGGCAGAGGGGAGAUGAACAGAGGAGGCCGGGAGGG